AUGCAACCAAAUCAACCUAUAAUAAUUAACCCCAAGGAGCUCAUUAAUCCACCGCAAGGCGGUCCCUGGCAAAAGUUAUGGGCCCAGCCUUACAUUUUCCUCGCAUGGAAGCUUCACAACUGGCAGGGCACUAAACCAGCAACACCACUUACGAAUCCCAUCACCAUCGAAAUGAGAAAGUGGCCAUUCACUGCCCGAAUGGUCGGCAGAUCGGGAUAUAUGGAAAUCCUCAUUCCGCACGUCAUGGAGACUGGGCCUUUCAAUAUCUCGAAGUCAGGAUAUUUGGCCGAGCUUAGUGCCGGAUGGGAUUGA